AUGGCGAUCAACGUAAACAAGCUGCUCGAAGCCGGCUGCAAGGUCAAGAUAUUCAUGGCGAACUGGUUCGCUCUCACAAGCUACAGCGUCAGUCUGAGAAAAGUCAUCGACGUCUGCUCGUACAACACCGAGAUGUGGAGGACAGCCGGCAUGCGCAUCGACGAGGUGGAGCUCGUUCGCUCGUCGGACGAGAUCAGCCGCGACCUGCACCGAUACUGGCCGCUCGCCUUGAAAGUCGCGAGGAGCACCAAUCUGAGCGAGGUGACGGAGUGCAUCCUUUCGUCCAAGGACACGAGGCCGUACUACGACGAGCCGAAGUCGCUCUUCUCCCACGAGGUCUUCGGCACGUGCAUGCACUCCGCCGCCAUACUGUCCCGCGACGAGGCGGACGUGUGGCUGCUGGACGUCGGCCAGCGCGCGAGCAACAAGGUGGCCGAGCGGUACCGCGAGCGGGAAGCGGCUAUGCGCGAGGAUCCGCAUCGGCGGGUCGUCGCCCUGUUCCACGGCGUGCUGCCCAGCCUGCUCGAGUACCCGGAGAUAGAGAUGUUUGGGGACCCGAGGUGGGCGAUCUACAUGGAGGACACGGAGUGGGAGGUCGGCCGGGCGAUGCGGAAGGCGUUCUGCCCGCCGGGGACCGUGGAAGGCAACCCGUGCUUGGAGUACAUCAGGCAGAUAAUCUUUCCUCUGUUUGGGAAGUUUGAGGUGGUCCGUGAGGACGGUAGUGACAGGACGUUCUUGAGCAUGGAAGAGCUUGCCGCUGACUAUGAGAGCGGUGCUCUGCAGGCCGCCGACGUUAAGCGCGCGCUUGAGAAGGCCAUUAACGCGGCGUUGCAGCCCGUCCGUGAUCACUUCAGCUUCGCCAGCAACAGGCCUAUGAAACGACGAUAG